AAACAAGGACGAAAGAGAGAGAUAGAGAAUAGACGCCAGUAGUAAGGCGGGUGGUUCCGGUCGUUUCUCCUCUUUAUCCAUCCAUUCCAUCUCUAAGAUCCUUAUUUCCACACGAUCCUCUUCUCACUCUCUCACACCACACUCGUCACUCCUCUCUUUUAAUCCGAAAAAAAGAAAAAAAAAGAAAAACUCUCUCUGCAGUCGUCGGCGUCGUCGCCGCUCAUGGCUCUGCAAUCGUCGUCUCUCUCUCCCAUUCCUCAGCUUCUCUUCUAUUCCUCCUCCACCGUUUCCGCCACCAAUGCUUCUUCUACAAAGGCGCCGUGUUCAGUUAUCGCUUACACUAAUAAUAAUAACGGUAAAAGUCUCUUGUUUGCUGAUUUUGUUGGCUUAUAUUCUAAAUCCAAGAGAGGCAGAAGGAAAAUUGGCGUUGGUGUCUCUUCUUCUCCGUCGAUAGCGCGAACUAGUUUGUCUCGAUUUAUGAGUAGAAGCUCGUGUUCAGUUAGAGCAACUCGUGGUACUGAAUCAGUUCCUCAAUCUGAUUUGAAAGCUAAGGUUGCUAACUUGGAUGAUAUAAUAUCAGAAAGAGGAGCUUGUGGAGUUGGUUUUAUUGCUAAUUUGGAAAAUAGAGCAUCACAUCAGAUUGUUAAGGAUGCCCUUGUCGCUCUUGGCUGUAUGGAACAUCGUGGUGGUUGCGGAGCAGACAAUGACUCUGGUGAUGGAUCAGGAUUGAUGACUUCAAUUCCAUGGGAUCUAUUUGACAAUUGGGCUGACAAGCAAGGAAUUGCAUCUUUUGAUAAAUUGCACACAGGAGUCGGGAUGGUUUUCCUCCCUAAGAAUGAUAACUUUAUGAAAGAAGCCCAAAAAGUUGUUGAGGAUAUUUUUAAACAAGAAGGCCUUGAGGUGCUUGGAUGGAGGCCUGUUCCUGUGAAUAAGUCAGUAGUUGGUUAUUAUGCAAAAGAAACCAUGCCCAACAUACAGCAGGUAUUUGUUAGAGUUGUUAAGGAGGAGAAUGUUGAUGACAUUGAACGAGAAUUUUACAUCUGUAGGAAGCUGAUUGAAAGGGCUGCAUCCUCGGAAAUUUGGGGCGAUGAUCUUUACAUAUGUUCUUUGUCCAAUCAAACAAUUGUUUAUAAGGGAAUGCUUCGCUCUGAAGUUCUUGGUUUGUUUUAUUAUGACCUUCAGAGUGAUCUUUAUAAAUCACCGUUUGCAAUUUAUCAUCGAAGGUAUAGUACAAAUACUAGUCCAAGAUGGCCUCUUGCUCAACCAAUGCGGUUUCUUGGUCAUAAUGGAGAGAUCAAUACCAUACAGGGUAACUUAAACUGGAUGCAAUCUCGAGAAAGUUCAUUGGAAUCUCCUGUUUGGAAUGGACGGGAAAAUGAAAUCCGUCCUUAUGGUAACCCUAAAGCAUCAGACUCGGCAAAUCUGGAUAGCACGGCCGAAUUGUUAAUAAGAAGUGGUCGUACUCCUGAGGAGGCUUUAAUGAUCCUUGUCCCUGAGGCAUAUAAGAAUCAUCCAACUUUGAUGAUAAAAUAUCCUGAGGUUGUUGAUUUUUAUGACUAUUACAAGGGUCAGAUGGAAGCAUGGGAUGGGCCUGCUUUGCUUUUAUUCAGUGAUGGAAAAACAGUUGGUGCUUGUCUUGAUCGGAAUGGACUUCGUCCUGCUAGGUAUUGGCGGACAGUAGACAAUUUUGUUUAUGUCGCAUCUGAGGUUGGUGUUCUUCCAAUGGAUGAGUCUAAAGUAACAAUGAAGGGCCGCCUAGGUCCAGGAAUGAUGAUAGCUGUGGAUUUGCUUGGUGGUCAGGUCUAUGAGAAUACUGAAGUUAAAAAGCGGGUAGCUUUAUCAAAUCCAUAUGGGAAAUGGGUUCGUGAGAACCUACAAUCUUUAAAGCCUGAGAACUUCCUCUCAGCAACAAUUUUGGACAAUGAAGCAACUUUGCGGCGCCAACAGGCUUUUGGCUACUCCAGUGAAGAUGUUCAAAUGGUUAUCGAAAGUAUGGCAGCACAAGGAAAGGAGCCUACAUUUUGCAUGGGAGAUGAUAUUCCAUUGGCAAUAUUGUCCCAAAGGCCGCAUAUGCUCUAUGAUUAUUUCAAACAACGGUUUGCUCAGGUUACAAAUCCAGCUAUUGAUCCUCUUCGGGAAGGUUUAGUUAUGUCCCUUGAAGUCAAUAUUGGCAAGCGUAGAAACAUAUUGGAAGUUGGACCUGAAAAUGCUUUGCAGGUUAUUUUAUCUAGUCCUGUACUGAAUGAAGGAGAGCUAGAGUCAUUGCUGAAGAAUCCCUACUUGAAACCACAAGUUUUACCAACAUUUUUUGAUAUUCGUAAAGGAAUUGAGGGAACUUUGGAAAAAUCACUAGUUAGGCUUUGUGAAGCUGCUGAUGAUGCUGUUCGAAAUGGUUCCCAACUGCUCGUUCUCUCAGAUCGGUCUGAUGAGUUGGAGCCCACUCGACCUGCAAUUCCUAUUCUACUUGCUGUUGGCGCUGUUCAUCAGCAUCUUAUUCAAAAUGGCUUGCGAAUGUCAACUUCGAUCAUAGCAGAGACUGCUCAGUGCUUCAGCACUCAUCAAUUUGCCUGUUUGAUUGGAUAUGGUGCAAGUGCUGUAUGUCCAUACUUGGCAUUGGAAACAUGCCGGCAGUGGCGACUGAGUAGUAAAACUGUGAAUUUAAUGCGGAACGGAAAGAUGCCUACUGUAACAAUUGAACAGGCUCAAAAGAACUUCUGCAAGGCAGUUAAAUCUGGUCUUCUGAAAAUCCUUUCAAAGAUGGGCAUCUCAUUGCUUUCGAGUUACUGUGGUGCUCAGAUAUUUGAGAUUUAUGGAUUAGGAAAGGAGGUUGUUGACCUAGCAUUUUGUGGGAGUGUGUCAAAAAUUGGUGGAGCAACUUUUGAUGAGUUGGCAAGGGAGACACUAUCAUUCUGGGUGAAGGCUUUCUCUGAGGAUACAGCUAAAAGACUGGAAAAUUUUGGUUUUAUACAGUUCAGACCUGGAGGAGAGUAUCAUGGAAACAACCCAGAGAUGUCAAAACUGCUUCACAAAGCUGUUCGACAAAAGAAUGAAAGUGCAUAUUCCAUUUAUCAACAGCAUAUAGCUAACCGACCUGUGAAUGUUUUGCGAGAUCUUCUUGAGUUCAAAAGUGAUCGUGCUCCAAUUCCUGUGGGAAAGGUUGAACCUGCUUCAUCCAUUGUUCAACGGUUUUGCACUGGUGGAAUGUCCCUUGGGGCUAUUUCAAGAGAAACUCAUGAAGCAAUUGCCAUAGCAAUGAACAGAAUUGGUGGAAAGUCUAAUUCUGGUGAAGGCGGUGAGGAUCCAAUUCGUUGGAGUCCACUUUCAGAUGUCGUUGAUGGGUAUUCUCCUACAUUGCCACAUCUCAAAGGUCUCCAAAAUGGUGAUACUGCGACUAGUGCCAUUAAGCAGGUUGCUUCAGGACGUUUUGGUGUCACUCCAACAUUCUUAGUUAAUGCAGAUCAGUUGGAAAUCAAAAUUGCACAAGGUGCCAAGCCUGGUGAAGGUGGCCAAUUGCCUGGGAAGAAAGUCAGUGCAUAUAUUGCAAGGUUGAGAAAUUCUAAACCUGGGGUUCCACUUAUAUCUCCACCACCACACCAUGAUAUCUAUUCUAUUGAAGAUCUUGCCCAACUGAUCUUUGACCUUCACCAGGUCAACCCUAAGGCUAAGGUGUCUGUAAAGCUUGUGGCAGAAGCUGGUAUUGGUACAGUUGCUUCUGGGGUUGCCAAGGGUAACGCUGAUAUUAUACAGGUAUCUGGACAUGAUGGUGGAACAGGAGCUAGCCCUAUAAGCUCUAUUAAGCAUGCAGGCGGUCCUUGGGAACUUGGACUGACGGAAACUAAUCAGACUCUUAUUGCAAAUGGACUCAGAGAAAGGGUGAUUCUUAGGGUUGAUGGUGGCCUCAAAAGUGGAGUCGAUGUCAUGAUGGCUGCAGCAAUGGGUGCUGAUGAGUAUGGAUUUGGCUCUGUUGCAAUGAUUGCUACUGGAUGUGUUAUGGCUCGCAUUUGCCACACCAAUAAUUGCCCUGUCGGUGUUGCCAGUCAGAGAGAAGAAUUGCGUGCCCGUUUCCCUGGUGUGCCUGGAGAUCUUGUUAAUUACUUCUUUUACGUUGCUGAGGAGGUAAGAGGUAUGCUAGCACAAUUGGGUUAUGAGAAGUUGGAUGAUGUUAUUGGGCAAACAGAUUUAUUGAGACCACGUGAUAUUUCCCUUGCUAAAACUCAGCAUCUGGAUCUCAGUUAUAUUCUCUCAAGUGUUGGGUUACCAAAAUGGAGCAGCACUGAGAUCAGGAAUCAAGAUGCACAUAGCAAUGGUCCCAUUCUGGAUGAUGUUUUACUUGCAGAUCCAGAGAUCUUGGAUGCUAUUGAGAAUGAAAAAGUUGUCAAUAAAACUGUAAAGAUAUACAAUGUAGACCGUGCUGUUUGUGGGCGUGUAGCAGGAGUUGUUGCAAAGAAAUAUGGGGACACUGGUUUUGCUGGGCAGCUGAACAUAACGUUUAUUGGGAGUGCAGGGCAGUCAUUCGCAUGCUUUUUGACACCUGGAAUGAACAUUCAGCUUGUUGGAGAGGCUAAUGAUUAUGUGGGAAAGGGUAUGGCUGGAGGAGAGGUGGUUGUUACUCCUGUGGAGAACACCGGGUUUUGCCCAGAGGAUGCAACUAUAGUUGGGAACACAUGCUUAUAUGGGGCAACAGGUGGCCAAGUAUUUGUUAGAGGAAAAGCUGGGGAGCGGUUUGCUGUCAGAAACUCACUUGCCGAAGCUGUAGUUGAAGGCACGGGAGAUCAUUGUUGCGAGUAUAUGACUGGUGGUUGUGUGGUUGUUCUUGGAAAAGUGGGUAGAAAUGUAGCAGCCGGGAUGACUGGAGGCCUGGCAUACAUUCUUGAUGAAGAUGAUACUCUAAUGCCCAAGGUAAACAAAGAAAUAGUGAAGGUCCAAAGAGUGACUGCUCCUGUUGGCCAGAUGCAACUAAAGAGCCUUAUUGAAGCCCACGUUGAAAAAACUGGCAGCAUUAAAGGUGCCGCUAUUCUGAAGGAAUGGGAUACAUAUCUCCCACUGUUUUGGCAGUUGGUUCCGCCUAGCGAAGAAGACACCCCAGAGGCCUGUGCAGAUUAUCAGGCAACAGCUGCUGGACAAGUGACAUUACAAUCGGCUUAGGAUAUCAGCUCCAUGCGCAGCUGUGAACCAGAAAAGUCGCUACUUCAACUCUGUACAGGUCAAUACAUGAUUGAUGGGAUUUUUAAAAUUGGAAUGCUUCAAGUAAUUUGUGGGAAUCCAGAAUCCUUUUCCGUCCAGCUGACAGGUUCCAUAACUGAGCAAAGAUUUGCAUCACUUGAUGUUUCCGAUCAAUCAAUCCACGUGGAUUCAGCUUCCUCGGUGUUACUAAAUUUGUAUAGUGAUUUGCGGCAGAAAUGUAAAGUCAAAUUACUUUCAAAUUUGACUUUUAUUGAUUAUUGUCAAAAUCUCUAUGUUUAUUAAUAAAGGUACCUGGUCAUUGCCUUCCUCUA